AUGACACGAGAUCUUGGAAGUGAAUUCCUCCAGCAUGGUCAAGCACUACUUGAAGCAAAUAAAAAUAGAGCUGCUAUCGAACGUUUAUCAUGGUCUAAGAGUCUUUUUAUCCGUCAUGAUAAUGAAAAUGGUCUCCAUCAUGAAUUAGACGAUCCCAAUAGAUCAUUUACAACUGUUAUUAUAUUACCACAAUGGAAUCAUUGCAAAGUACCACUAUUUGUUCAACAAAAUGUUCUUCAGUAUUCUAGUGUUAGAUUUAUUUGUCUAUUCUUUAUAAAUGGUCAAGCAACUGAUAUGAAAGCUAUCUAUGGUACUAAGCUUAUUGGAUGCUAUUCUAUCACAAGCAGAAUUUCGACACAAACUCGUACUGUCUGUGCAAAAGCGAACGAUCUUAAUAUCGAUUAUUGUCAACAGCAUCGUCUUCAAAAUGAAGUUCGUGGUGACAUUGGUGUGGCUAAGCUCUAUGCUAGACAAAUAUUUGAGCGUGUAGAUCUUCAAAUUGCAUACAAUGAACAACUGCAAAAAGAAAUAGAACAACAACUUUUUGGAUGA